AUGAAAUUAAACAGGUUUAUCUGCUGGGCUUGGCUGGCCGCUGUAUCUGCCGUGAACGCUCAAUCUGACGACGUGGAAGGUUUAUCUGAUUCCUCCGAUGUUGUUAUUGAUGAAACUGUGGUUCCCUCCUCAGCGGAUUUUGGUGAGGAGGAUGCCGCUACGCCAGAGACUCCUCCAACAGUUCAAUUGAAUAUCACUUACACCGUUAUGGACAGGGAACCUGUCCCCAUGGGUGAGUUCAUGCCCAUGGACCACGACGAGGUAUUCGUUUUGAACUACACUUUGACCAACAAAGAGAGUUUCCCUAUUUCAGUGGCAGGUGUCUCAGGUAACAUCUUGGAGUACCCAUCCGGUGACUUGGUCACCUCGAUCUCCUUUGGUGAAUUGACCGAUCUGUACGUCCCCGUCAACGACACAAUUGCCUUCAGACAGAAAAUUGCAUUCGAUUUAGAACCGGGCAAUUACUAUUUGUUCCCAUUGGUCCACGUUAUCAACGAAGAUGCCAAGAAGCAGGAACCUGCAGAGGGUGAAACUGAUGGUGAAAGUGCCUUUACUGUUGCCUCAAGCCCCACUCUAAUGAGCGUCGCGGAACCGAUCAUGUCUGUUUUCGACCCUUACUUCCUGUCCAUUCAAGUUCUCUUCUUGAGUAUGGUCGGUGCAGUGUCGUACUACUUCAUGUACCGUAAGAACGGUAAGAAGUUGAACGAGAGAAUACAGCCAGUUAAGAGAGAUCCAAAGGAAUGGCUACCAGAACAGUAUAAAAAAUAG